UGCGGGACUGUUUAAACUUUUUGCGGGUUGCGCGCGUUGCAAACACAAAAAGCGAACAACUUGAUUGUUUUUCCUCCUCUUCGACACACACACGAGUUUUGCGGAGUCGCGUGCGCGCGUUUCAAUUGCGUUUUGCGUGCGUUUUGUGUGCGUUUUUUGCCAAGGGGAAAUACUCUUCAUAUGCAAGCAGCUGCAGCUGAGGCUUUGAAAUCAGUUUUAUGUUUAGCUGCUGCUCUAAGCCAAAUCACUCAUAAAAAAUACUAAAAACAGCAACAGUAAAAAGCAAUUCAAAGCUGCCAUAAAAUCAAAAUGAUCCGAGUAUAUGCAUUCAUUUUGUGUUGUAUGUAAUUAAAUAUGUAUGUACAUGGGAUAUGCCCUUCGUUAAGCUACCAAAUGUACAUAACACUCUAUAUAUGCAUAUACAUAUACUAUAUCUAAAGUUAUAUGUAUAGAGUAGUAUAAUCAAAAGAGACAAACUCGUUUCCAUCAACGGCAACGCGCAGUAACAAAUAUAAAACAAAUUAAAUUAAAUUAAUUUUAAUUGCCGCCAAAAGAUCACAUAAAAAGCGUGCAGUUAAAAGAAAAAUAUCAGCAAAUUAAUUAUAUUGUAUAUAGAAAAACAUGAUGCGAUAAAAAAGUUUACGAUUUAAAAAUAAAAAAAAGUUUAUACACACAACAACAAAGCAGAAAACAACAGAAGCGAUAACGCAACAGGCGCGCUCUAAACAAAAGACUUAGGCAACGAACUGGCUGCCGUUUUCUCGUGUUGCGAGUGUGUUGUGAGCCAGAUAACGGUGCUUCGGUUCGGUUGAUAGCAGCAACACAAACAACAACAACAAACAAAAUGCAACAAGCAACAAACUAAUUGACAAGUCAAAUCCUGCCUGCCUGCCUGCCUCACUGUUGCAAGCUGGCAAACAGCUGGCAUCAAACAAGGAAAAACACAAACAAAAACGAAACGAAACGAAUCAAAUCGAAAACGUAGUGAGGAGAAAAGCAAAACAAUCGACGGACAACUCGUCGUCGUCUCCGUCAUCGUCAUCGUCGUGGCUUCAAAUUCAACUUCAACUUUAAUCAAAUCACUGCCGAACGAACGAACGAACGACAAUUGCAAGUGUGCCUCUUAAUGUCUUGCCACAAAAUAGCAAAGUAGAGAAAAAAAAAAACCAAAUAAAUUUACAUAAAUAUUUCACGUGCUGCUUUUUUUGCAACAUCCGUGUGUCCAUAAAAAACUUUCUGUGUGUUCUACGCGAAUGUGAGUGCAAGUGUCUGUCUCCUAGAGAAUACCUGCUAAAUGCCAUUGGCACAAAAGUUCAAAUAAUACUUCAAAAGGAAAACAAAUACAAAAGCAAAAGCAAAGAAAGAGAGUUUGCAGUGCGUUAAUUGCGUGCGAAUCCUAUGCAAUAUGUCAGAGUCAGCACCUUAAGCUCUUUCACUUCGCAUCGAAAACAACCUAAGCUAAGCAAUAAAAUCUAAUUAAACAACAUUCAUAUUCCAAUAUCAAAUCAAGAAGUCAAAGCAUUUUGUUCGCACUGGAAAUUCACGGACAUCAAAUGAUUGGCACCGAGGAGAUGUCCACAUCGACUGGCAUGGAUAUAAGUGAAUCCUUUCGUGCCGAGGAUCUCUCGAAGACGGACUUCUUCGACUUUGUCACAGCGCCUGACAUGGGCAUUGGCAUCGGAGUCGGCGUUGGCGUCGGAGUCGAUGUGGCAGCCUGCGUAGACCUGCAACAGCAGCAACAUCAUCAGCCACAGCACACACAACAGCCACAACACAGUCACAACCACAGCCAAGGACAUCAGCCAAACACGUCACAAACGCCACAGCAGCAAAGAAAUAACAACAACAACAUGACGCACGAUGUCACAGAUGGAAGUGGAGGCGGGGCAGGGAUUGUGGCAGUCAGCAAUCGCAAUGGCAGCACCAGCAAUGGAGGCGAUCCCACGUUACAGGGCUACGAGUUCUGGCACCAGGACAAGGACAACAGCCGCCUGGACUCGAGCUCGAUAUUCGAGGACCUCGAUCGCUACUGCUGGCAACAGCAGCUGGUGACAGCGAGCGGAACGGGGAGCGUGAACACGAGCAGCGUUCGAUGUAGCACCCAGCCCAGUCCCACAUCUCCGCAAGCACAUCCCCUACAACAACACCAGCAGCAGCAACAGCAACAACACCAGCAGCAACAUCAACACCAGCAACACCAGCAGCAGCAACAACAGCCCAAUGCGAGCAGCUCGUCGAGUGCGGCGGGCAGCAGCAGCGAUACCAUCAGCAGCCUGGAGACAGCCGAUGGCCAGAUCUACACACUGACAGUAUUAAACGGAGCCGAGCCCUGGCUGAAGCGGGAGCCGGAGCAGCUGCCCAGCUCGCUUGAUCUGGACAGUCUGCUGGGCAGCUUUCCGGGCUACAUCAAGUCGGAGUAUCCCUACGACGACAGCGGCUUCAGCACGGACGGCAAGGAUGUGAUUGUCAGUGGGGCAGACGCCAAUGGUCUCAGCAGUAUUUCGCAAUCCCAAUCGCAGCAAUCUCAGCACGGACAGACGCUACCCUCGCUGGUCACGGCCAUCUCUCUGGCGGGUGGCGGCGGCGGCGGAGGGGUGAACGAUCUGGGCCAGCAGCUGGCACAGUUCCAGAACAACAACAACGACUGGCACAUGGCCGAUCACAAUGCGGAGGCGGAGCAGAACUCGGCAGAGUCGCUGUUGCGCAGUGCACUCCAAGGCAAAGGCUAUGCCAAGGGACUGCAGCACAUGCAGAAUGGAUUGAGUUUGCCCGUGGUGAAGGACGAUGAGAUGCGGCGAUUGCUUUUCACGCCCGACGAUGCUGCCGAUGCGUUGGGAUUCGCGGAUUCGACGCUGAGCACGGCGCAGAUGUUCGAGGAUGCGCAGUCGAUGGGCCAGGUGGGUGGCGGGGGCGUGAUGUCUGCGUCGAAUCAUGGCCAGCAUGGCGGCAACGCCACCAACAUUAUUGUGGAUGACAUGUUCCUGUCGCUGGAGAACGCCUUCAGCGAUGACUUCGAGAAGCUCAAGCGGCUGGCCAACGAGGUGCAACAGUUCUGCAGCGGAGGCAACGGCACGCCCACGCCUGGAGACUACUCGAGCAGUGAUGUGCUCAUGCAAAUCUCGCCCAGCGGCGCAGCAGCGAGCGCAGCAACAGCCCCGCAACUGCAGCCACUAGCCAAUGCCCAGCAGCAACCACAACAGCAGCAGCAGCAACCGCCGCCACAGCCACUGAAGCCAGAGGUGUCAACGUCCACAGUGAGUCCAGCCGGAGCAGGAGGUCGCCUAGGAGGCGUCAGCAAGCCGAAGAAGCAGUACAAGCGCAGCAACAGCAGCAUCAACAACAACAACAACCCGAGUGUAGCCAACAACAACAACAACAACAGCAAGGCGGGCAACGGUAACAGCAGCGUCUUAGGCGUCGUCAUCGGAAAUGGAGGCAGCUCCUCAUCCAGUGGCAGCGCUAGCAGCAGCAGCAAUAGUCCGCCCGCCAACUGCAAUGCCAGCGGUGGGUCAGGCAGCUCGGGAGGAGGCAGCUCCGGAGGAGGCGGAGGACAGCGCAAGGAGCGUUCGCUCCACUAUUGCUCGAUCUGCUCGAAGGGAUUCAAGGACAAGUACUCGGUGAAUGUUCACAUACGCACGCACACCGGUGAGAAGCCGUUCGCCUGCUCGCUGUGCGGCAAGAGUUUCCGACAGAAGGCGCAUCUGGCCAAGCACUAUCAGACGCACAUGACCCAGAAGAACAACGGCAGCCUCAUCAAAGGCAGCUCCUCGAAGCAUCAGCGAGCCGGCGCCAAUGCAGCCAACGCGGCAGCGAGCUUAGCUCAACAGCGACAGCUGAGUGCGGUGUCAAGUGCUGUGGCCACGCCCAGUCUGAUGAGUGCAGGCGUUGUGCUCAGCGGUCCCAAUACCCCGCCCGGAGUGUUACCCCCGGCCAAUGGGCUGCUGGCGAAUCGGUAACGAACCCAACAAAGCGAAACCACACACAACCAACUAUUUCUUGUUCCUUACUUACAAAAAUACAAAAAAAAAAAAUGAAAGAAUAGACAAAAAACAAACUAAGAUUACAACUCGAAUACUCUUUUGGGAGCCAACUAAAUCCCACAUCGAUCAUUGAUGAAUUCCUAUCUCAGCUUUCUGUGCAAUUCCUAUAAAAAAACACACACACACACUAGAAGCACUUCCAAAUAAAAUACUCAACUUUCAACACACACAUACAUACACAAAUUAAUUUUAAAUGUGCCAAAUUAUAAAGAGAACAUAAAGUAAAAUGCAAUCUUAAAUAUAUAAUCAAUUAAUUAACUAAACCUACUUAUAAAGUAAAAAGUUGAAACGAAGCUAAAAAGCAAUUUUACGAGUGGUGAUAUCAAAAUGAGGCCAAACGCUUCCUUGCAAACAAAACAAACACAAAACACAAAACACAAAAGAAUCAAACAAAACUCUAUUAACUCACCCACAUUUUAUUAUUGUUAAACCAAUUAAUUAUAAAAAUAUCAUAUUUAUGAAUUAAUGAAUGUCUUCUUAGCCGCGUUUCCUGUAUAUUAAAAGUAUUUCAUUCAUUUAUAGUUGCUUUGUCCAAAUUAGCAUAAAGAAGAUCGUCUGUGUAAAUACUACAACUACUACUAUUAAAUAUUUCAAACGAAUUUGAACACUUCCUAAAUUAAAUUUAAUCUCAACUUCGGCAAGUCGAAGAUUAAAUACUCUUGCAGUCGCUUCUUAAUUGUUUUUGAAUGCAAAUUAAUUCUCAAUUUUCAUUAUUUUGUGAGUCGCUGCAAGUGUAUUCUUAGCACAAGUUGAUAGAUUUUAGAAUUUAUGGUUUAUCUGCAAAGAUUUCUUAAGUCGCUUAAGUAUUGGCUACAUAAAUAAAUAAUACUCAAGUUACCCGCUGCUCUGCCAAGUGUUCAGGUACUUAAAAAAGAGAUCCAUGAGAUGCGUUUUUUUUGUUUAUUUUACGCAUUGCACUUGCCAUUAAUUUUGUAUUUGUUAAAGAAAUCAUUCAAAAUGAAUAUAAUGAAAAUAAUAUACAAUAUUUCUUCUCACACUCUCAACACAAACAAAACGAAUGUACUAUAAAGAAAAGAAUAUAUUAAGUAUACGCCUAAGUAAAACAAAUUAAACGUAGAGUUAGAUGUUAAUGUAAAUGUUAAUUAAACUGCCAAUUAUUAUGUGAUAGUUUUAAUACAAAUACUAUGCAAAUAUAUCUUUUGGUGUUUGGGUUAUGUUACAGAUUACGUUACGAUUAAACAAAAUUGUUAUACUUUUAUGUACUUACUGUGAACUCUGCAAUAUUCUCUAAUUUAUUGAAUUUAGUUUAUGUACAUAAUAAACAAACUUGAACUUGGCGAACACGAAGACGAAGACGAAGAUACUCUAAUUCAUAAUUAAGCUCUUGUUUAUACAUAAAUACUUUAUAUAUAUAUAUAUAAUCGUACUUGCAUUCAUACUCCUAAUGGCUAAGCAAUGAAAUUACACUUUUAGUUAAAUGUUUGUUAGUUAUUAUUUAUGCAAACCAACCACACACAAUGCUCUAGCAGCUACAUAGAUCUUACUCGCUAAUUAUCUAAGUAUUUGCAAGCGAUUCGAUAUACAGAAGAAUAAAAGCGUUUU